UCCCACCAGCAAUUGGCUCCUCUCCCACAAGAAACCGGCAACUCUCCUUCUCCUUAAAAGACUUCAUACUCCUCUAUUCUUUCCUCCCCAAUUUGAUGGGUUUCGCUCUCCUCUACAAAACCCAUCUUAAAUCCACCAGUCUUUCAAAUUCACAACUGAAAAAAAACCAGCUUUUCCUGCUUCUAAACAAAUGGAUAGACUAAUAAGUCUAGAGCCAUCGAACGAGGUAGCCAUCCGCAUCGAACCUGGUGAGCGAUGCUACGGCCAGGUUACCCUCCGAAACGUCAUGUACACAAUGCCAGUAGCUUUCCGUCUUCAAGCCAUGAACAAAGUUCAAUACACUAUCCGUCCUCAAUCUGGGAUUAUAGCGCCUCUUGCCACUCUAACCGUAGUAAUCACCUACGUCCUCCCCCUAAACUCGUCCCUCCCCGAAUCAAUCCCCAAGUCGACCGACUCUUUCCUCCUUGACAGCGUAGUGGUCCCCGGUGCUGCCUUCAAGGAUCCGAGUUCCACCUUUGACUCAGUUCCUAAUGACUGGUUCACUACAAGGAAGAAACAAGUAUUUACAGAUAGCGGCAUGAGAAUCUUCUUUGUUGGAUCAGCUGUUUUAACUCGACUAGUAGCCGAAGGUUCCAUGGAUCAGGUCAGGGAGGUCCUAGAACUUAGCAAUCCAGAAUGGAAUGCUGUUGAUUCUAUUGACUAUAUGGGUCAGUCCCUACUCCAUAUAGCCAUUUCUCAUUGUAGAGCAGAUCUCGUACAGCUACUUCUUGAAUUCAACCCUAACGUGGAAUCUCGAAACCGAGCCAGCCGGACACCACUUGAAGCAGCAGCGGCGGCAGGAGAAUCACUAAUUGUUGAGCUAUUGUUAGCUCACGGUGCAUCAACUGAGAAAACAUCAGCAUCUUCUUGGAGUGCACUUCACUUUGCCACUGCUAGCGGCCAUUUGGAGGCGAUGCGUCUUUUAACUCUUAAGGGUGCUGAUGUAAAUUCUCCAACCUCAGACGGACGAACGGCACUUCAUCUGGCAGUAGAAGAGCACCGGCGUGAUUGUGCACGCCUUCUUCUUGCUGGCGGUGCCCGUGCAGACAUCCGCGGUGGGCCUGAUGGAGACACGCCUCUGCACAUAGCCGCCUCUACCGGAGAUGAACAAAUGGUAAAGCUUCUGAUAACCAAAGGAAGUGCGGGACUAAAAGAGGUCAGAAACUUUGCAGGAAAAACAUCAUAUGACGCAGCGGCUGAGGGAGGACACGGAAGACUGUUUGAUAUGCUAAAGCUCGGCGAUGGAUUGGCUUUAGCAGCGAGGAAAGGAGAAGUAAAAGCAGCCGGGAGGAUGAUCGAAAGGGGAGCAGCAGUAAACGGAAGAGAUCAGAAUGGAUGGACUGCGCUAAUGAGAGCAGGGUUUAAAGGGAGGGCGGAGGUAAUGAAGGCUUUAUUGGAGAAAGGUGCAGAAGUGGAUGCAAGGGAUGAAGAGGGGUAUACAGCUCUGCACUGUGCAGUUGAGGCAGGGCAUGUAGACGCAGUUGAAGUGCUUGUAAAGAGAGGAGCCGAUCUUGAGGCGAAGACAGCGAAAGGUGCAACUGCGAUGAAGAUUGCGUACUCCCUUGGGUACGCAGGAAUCGCAAGGAUUUUAGCUCAAAAUGGGGCUGCAAAGGACAACAAUAUAGCACCAAUUUCUCCUGAAAAACAACAAAUAAUGAUCGGCGGUAAGAAUGGGAGUCGAGGAAUCCGUGAGAAGGAAGUGAAGAAGAAGGGCAGUAGACUGAGUUUCGGAAGCGGAGGUGGAGGAGGUAAAGGUUUGAGGAGUGGAUUUGAUAGGCAGGCCAUGGCAGUGGCCUCUCAUUAGCCUGGUGAUUGGUUUUUUUUUUUUCUAGUUCCUAAAAUGUGUUUAUUGUUUGAUUUCAGCAGCACUCAGGUCCAUGUAAGAAAAUUAUAUCAAGUUAGGAUAAGUGUACCUAAUUCUUACCUCUAAAACAUUACUUCCUUUCUGUUAAUGUAUACACUAUAUGGUUCAUAAAGUUCUAAGGAAACCAGAAAAAUAUUAGAUAGAAUUGUUGUAUGAGGGGAUUUAGAAUGCUUGUUGGAAAAAAAUGGAGUGAAUAAAGUUCUGUGAGAUAUUUUGUGCUACUGACAAGAUGUUUGUAGCUUUAUAAGACCCGUACAAAGUCAGAACUAUAGGCUCUGCUUCUCUGUGCACUUUGGUUCUUGAGAUAUGAGAAAUGAGAAUGUAUAUGACCACUACAAAAUUUUCUUCAAACAUAUGGAUUAUGUGUCUGUCUGAUUCUGCCUAUUAUGUACAUCUCUAAAUGAGUUUAUAGUCCCACAUAGCAAGGUUCACAAAACUAAAGAACAAGAUAAAAAGUUCCCUACUUCUCUGUUCUCCUCUCCUCUCCUGGCCCAUCGCUAUCUCAGAGAUUAAGGAUCUGUACUAGUUGUACUCUCUCAAAACAAUUGAUUCUUUCUAAAUUUGAAUUUGUAUUGCACGAAAAUUCCAACAAGUUUUUGCUUCUGCCACUUGCAAUCAUCGCAACUGUGGCGCAACUUCUUUAAUCUAUCGAAAAUAUGCCUGUGAGAAUAUUUUAUGACUAAUGAAACGUUAACAUGACAACGACAUUCCAAAGUUCUUCCAAAGGAAAAACAACAUUGGCAUCCUAACAAGUCUAUUUUAGAACUACAAAACUCGAAUAUGCUCACACAAAAGAAGUCAUAUGGUGUGAAGUGUGAACGCAGAACUUCACACGUCUAUAAGCAUGACCAUCGUCAUGCCUAUGACUUCUUACAAAAUGAUAACAAAGUCAAGUGCUAAUUAUUCAGAGGCGGCUGUUUAUAUAAAUCUUGACCAAGCACCAUUAAUUCUAAUAAAAAAAUUCAAAACAUCACUAAUAUAUACUAAAAUUAUACACAUAUUGGGAUUCUAAACCAUAGAUUAAUCUGGGACUUAGUCUAAUGCAGUAAUGCUUAAGAUUUGUGCUGCCAAUUGGUUAAGCCAAUAUAUCAGAGGCUGCUGCUUAUGUAAAUCCUUGACCAAGCGCCGCUAAUUCUAAUAAAAAAGCUAAAGCAUCACUACUGUGUACUAAAAAUGUACACAUGUUGUGAUUCUAAACCAUAGAUUAAUCCGUGUACCAGUCUAAUUCAUAAGAUUGCUGCUGACAUUGGUUAAGCUAAUUGUUCAGAGCCCACGCCUACAUAAAUCCUUGCCCUAGUUGAAUAUAGCUACGCUGGUGGGCGAUCAAGCAUCAUUAACUCUAUUCAAUAAGUUAAAGCAUCACUAAUAUGUACAUAAAAAAGUUAACAUAUCUUGUGAUUACAAACCGUAAUCAAUAUGGGUUUUACUCUAAUUACCUCAAGAGCUCAUAAAUUUCAAAGGGAUAAAUGAGUUGGGCAUUUCAACAAACAGGUCAUGUGCAUGAAAACUAAGUAAGAAAAGCAUCAUUAUUGUAGAACUUUCAUACUGAGCAAAAUGACAACCUCAUUACGGAACAAAAACAAGCAACUCAUGCCAAUGAUUAUGUUUAAUAAGUUGAAAAGCAAUUUAUUAUGUUGCAAAUAGAACUUCAGUAACCAAUUCAGAAAAUUAAGAUAUUGCAACGUAAGAAGAU